AUGAGCAACCCACCCGAAAAGAGCUGUUUGCUUUGCGAUGCACCCGACAGAGCGGAUCAAAACAUGGUACAGUGUGAUGAAUGCGGAUUUUGGGCUCAUUUCCGUUGUGCUGAAGUCGGAGAGGACAUAAAGGACAAACCAUGGAGCUGUUCGAAGUGUACCAACCGGUUGCAAGUACCGGAUGGAAAAGUUAAAAAGAAGUCCAAGAGGUCCGGCUCCAGAAGCGAUACCGGAUCGGUAAGAAGUUCAGUAUCAGCCUUGGUAUCAGCGAUAGAGGAACUGGUGAAGGAGCAAUCUGCUAGGGAGAAGGCGUUGGAUGAAGAACGAGCUGUGCGGGAAAAGCGUUUGGAAAUGGAGAGAGUCCUAACCGAGAAGAAAAUGAAGCAGGAAAGGGAAAUCCGGGAGAUGGAGCUACAGCAAGAGCGGGAACUGCAGGAAAUGCAGUUAAUGCAAGAGCGAACUAUUCUGGAAAGAAAGUUGGCAGCUGAAGAAGAGUUCCUGAAAAGACAGCAGGCGUUACGUGAGCAAUACCGUGUUGCAAAAUGCUCAUCUAAGCAGCAAGUCAAUGCGUUGACGGAAGAUGACGGUGCUAUUGGAGGUAUACCUGAAGACAAGCUGGUGUUCAAUAGAGGGAACGAGCAGAGAAAAUCCCACGUCGUGAUGUCUUCCGGCGGCAAUAAAGUGGAGCAGUGGUUGAAAGAGUCAGCACAUGUUCAGGAUUAUAGAGGAGCGUUUCCCAAAGUGUCAGCGGUUCAGCAAAACAAGAAGCUGGGAAAGAAAAGGCUGUCGAAGUUGGAGCGGAUGAAGGCUUUGCUAGAAGAAGACUCCAAUGAAGAAACCGAAAGCGAAACAGAGGAAGAAGAAUCAAUCGAGGCAGCGGACGAGGAACGAACCUUGGGGGAUAACCAGUUCAGCAAACAACAAAAUCGGAUAAGCGAGCGAGAACAUGGUCAACAAACGGGCGUUCCGUGGAAUAGAAUGCCAGACGGGCCGGGGUUCCAGGAUUCCCCUGCUGAUAGGAUGAUUAACGAACGUAAUCGCAGAGCUGAAAUAUCUGGGCGUGCUCCAGCAUAUCAGAUGGACAGCAGAUACGGCAGAAGAAUCAGCGAGCCAAACCAGUAUUGCACUUCUGGCCAGCAACAGCGCGUUCGCCCAGUGGAUCACGGAGAGGUUGAGCAAUGGCAACGGCUGACUCCGGAACAAAUGGCAGCUCGUCAGUUCAUGGCCAAACAACUACCGAUAUUUAGAGGUGAACCAGAGGUUUGGCCCUUGUUCAUUAGUAGCUUUGAGAACACUACUAAUGCUUGCGGAUUCUCUAACCUAGACAACUUGAAAAGGUUACAAGAUUGUCUGCAAGGCGAAGCUCUGGAAGCUGUCCGAAGCCGUUUGGUACUACCAGAGGCCGUGCCAGGCAUCAUCAAUGACCUCCGCAAUUUAUUUGGGAAACCAGAAAAGCUGCUAAAGACUCUGCUAACGAAGGUGCGAAGGGCACCUGCUCCAAAGGCGGAUCGCCUCGAAACUUUCAUCCAUUUUGGUAUAAUCGUGAAACAACUAUGUGACCACCUGGAGGCAGCCGGUCUGACAGAUCAUCUGAACAAUCCCAUGUUGGUCCAGGAACUAGUGGAAAAACUUCCACCCCACUACAAACUGGACUGGGUGCGCUUCAAAAGAUAUAGUCGGGGCAGUCCGCUGCGAAUGUUCACCGAUUUCAUCGACGAUGUGGUCUCGGAUGUGUCGGAAGUAGCGGAUUUUUCUAUGAUGGCUCCUCACGAACAAGUGCACCAAAAGAACCGAAACGAGAAAAGGAGGGAGUACGUUCACGUACACAAUGCGCCGUCUAGAGUUGAAUCAUCCGUGGUUAGUAAAGUUUCGAAGCCUUGCUGGGUGUGCAAAAGAUCAGACCAUAAGGUAAGGUUUUGCGAUGACUUUAAGAAGUUGCCUGCUACUGAGCGGUUUAAGUUGGUGGAAAAACUAAAAUUGUGUAUGCUGUGCCUGAAUAGUCAUGGUAAGAGUAGAUGCAACUUUAAGCUACGCUGCAACGUCAAUGACUGUCAGGAAUAUCAUCAUCCGUUAUUGCAUCGUACCAAGGAAGUUGUCCAAGUGAUCGAGAACUGUAGUGCUCAGAGUCAUGUGAACAGAUCUGUUAUCUUUCGCAUGGUGCCCGUGACACUGUCAGUUGGAGACCUAUCAAUAAACACUCUGGCAUUCCUAGACGAAGGAUCUUCGGUGACGUUGAUAGAAGACAUUGUUACAAACCAGUUGCAAGUGAGAGGGGUGCCGGAACCGCUAACCGUGACAUGGACCGGAAAUAUGAAAAGGUACGAGGACGAAUCCAGGCGAGUAAACGUAAUGUUGGCAGCGAGGGGAUCCGACGAGAAGUUUCUGUUGCAAGGCGCCCACACGGUUUCUGGAUUGGUUCUCCCAAAGCAGGAUGUGUGCCUUCAAGAAAUAAAAAGGCGCUUUUCACACUUGAAAGAUUUGCCAGUGGCCGAGCUAGGAUACGAGGAACCGAAAACCAUGCUUGGUUUAGACAACCUGCACAUAUUUGCACCACUAGAAUCGAGAGUCGGUCAACCGGGUGAACCGAUUGGAGUUAAGACGAAAUUAGGGUGGACCGUUUACGGUCCCUUGAGGCAAAAACGUUCGACAGUUGUGCAAGUACACUUCCACGCAAUUAACCAGGUGUCCAAUCAAGAACUACACGAUGUCAUCCGCACUCAAUACGCUAUUGAGGAGGCUGGGGUUUCACCCUCAAAUGUUCUUGAAUCAAGUGAAAAUCGCCGGGCACAGGAGAUCCUACGGACAACCACUAUUCGGAUUGGCGACCAGUUCGAGACAGGUUUGCUUUGGCGAACCGACGAAAGAAGGUUUCCCGACAGCUACGGUAUGGCGAAACGAAGAUUGCUGGCUUUAGAACGAAAGUUGGCGAAAAAUCCGCAGAUGCAAGAAGCCGUCCGUCUGCAGAUUGAAGAUUACCAAAUGAAGCAAUACGCACACAUUGCAACUGAAGACGAAUUAGGGGUGCCCAAUCCAUCGGAAGUAUGGUAUCUUCCACUUAACGUAGUACAGCAUCCUCACAAGCCUGAUAAGCUGCGCCUUGUGUGGGAUGCAGCAGCAACCGUUCAAGGUAUCUCGCUAAAUACGGAGCUGUUAAAAGGGCCGGACAUGUUGUCGUCUCUCUCGUCCGUUCUAAGCUGCUUCCGUGAACGUCGAGUUGGGUUUGGUGGUGACAUAAAAGAAAUGUACCACCAACUGAAGAUAAGGAAGGAAGACCGACAGGCGCAGCGUUUUUUAUACCGCUCCAACCCAGAUGAUCCAGAGCCAAGGAUAUACGUGAUGGACGUUGCGACCUUCGGAUCAACUUGCUCACCGUGUUCCGCUCAAUUCAUAAAGAAUUUAAACGCGGAAGAAUAUGCCAACCAGUUCCCGAACGCAGCCUCCGCUAUUACAAAGCGCCACUAUGUGGAUGAUUACUAUGAUAGCGUUGAUUCCGUGUCUGAAGCAGUAAAGCUGGCCAGCGAGGUAAAACUUGUUCAUUCCAAAGGUGGAUUCCACAUAAGAAACUGGGUAAGCAACUCGUCAACCUUCCUUGAACAGAUGGGUGAGGAAAGUUUCACAUCUACCGUCCACCUGAAGGACAAGACAGCGGGGGCGGAUCGUGUCCUAGGAAUAAUUUGGGAUACUCAAAGCGACUGUUUCUUGUUCGCUACUCCUUCCUGUACAAACGAAGAACAUCCGACGAAACGUGGAAUCCUCAGCCGUAUCAUGUCAAUGUUUGACCCGAUUGGACUAUUGUCGCCGUUCACCGUGCUUGGUAAAAUGCUGGUACAAGAUUUGUGGAGGACCGGAUGCGAUUGGGAUACACCGAUUGACGAAGAAUCUCUUAGGAAGUGGAACGAUUGGUCCCAGCAAAUGACGAAAAUUCACGAAUUGAGAAUCCCGAGGGCCUAUUUCGGUGAUGCUACCAGUGAUCAACUAUGCAACGUUCAACUACACGUAUUCACCGAUGCUAGUGAGGCUGCUUACGGUUCCGUCGCUUACUUUCGCGCAGUAGUUGACGGGGAGGUUCGGUGUGCAUUAGUUAUGAGCCGAACGAAGGUAGCGCCGCUCAAACAAUUGACGAUACCACGACUGGAACUUCAAGCUGCCGUUAUGGGUGCUAGACUAGCGAAGACGGUGUGCGACAACCACAGGAUCGUUCCUGGACAAGUAUUUUUCUGGUGUGAUUCACGAACUGUUCUCUCCUGGAUACGCUCUGAUCAACGCCGGUAUAAGCCGUACGUAGGUUUUCGCAUUGGAGAGAUUUUGGAUCUAACCAGAUUAACGGACUGGCGGUGGGUUCCUACCAAGCAUAAUGUGGCCGAUAAGCUGACCAAAAGAUGCCGAGAAUGGAGUUUCGAUAAAGGAAGUGCCUGGCUGAACGGUCCAAGUUUCCUAUACCGGGACGAAGCAGAGUGGCCGCGUCAACCAAUGCUGCCAGCAAACAUAGAAGAGGAAGUUAGAGCGGUCCACUUGUUCCACGACGUUACCGUGCUACAGCCUCUUGUGGAUGUUAGGCGAAUUUCGAAAUGGAAUGUGCUGGUGCGCACCAUUGCUUGCGUGUAUAGAUUCGUGACAAAUUGCAGAAAUGUGAAGAAUGGACUGCCUAUUGAAUCGUUGAAACCGACCCCAAGACAGGAACGGUUGUUGCGACAUCGAGGAUCACCGGCUGCAGUUCGAGUGCCACUAAAGCAGGAAGAGUAUCGAAAGGCGGAGUGUUUGCUGGUCAAAAUGGCUCAAGCUGAAGCGUAUGCGGAUGAGGUGAAGGUGCUGCUGAAAAACCAACAACGACCUGUGGAUCAGUGGUACCCGUUAGAACGAUCAAGCCCGUUGUACAAACUUACUCCGUUGAUCGACAGUGAUGGGCUCAUUCGCAUGGAAGGAAGAGCUAAAGAUGCUGAACUUUUGCCCUUUGAUUUACGCUUUCCUGUCAUUCUUCCGAAGGAACAUGAGGUAACCAAAAGAAUAAUUCAACAUUAUCACGAGAGAUUUGGACAUGCUUUUCGUGAAACUGUGAAGAACGAACUACGGCAACGAUAUUAUGUGGAGAACCUGAACGCAGCUGUAAAGAAAUCAUCAUCCGCUUGUAUGUGGUGCAGAGUAAACCGAAAUCGACCAAGUAUUCCCAGAAUGGCACCGUUGCCCGUAGAAAGACUUUCUCCUUACCAACAUCCAUUCAGCUUCGUUGGGGUCGACUAUUUUGGACCAGUUGACGUGGUAGUCGGUCGCGGUCAUCAGAAAAGAUGGAUCGUCCUAUUUACUUGUUUGGUGAUUCGCGCAGUUCACCUGGAAGUUGCACACGAUUUGUCCGCAGCUUCAUGCCUAAUGGCUAUUAGGAGAUUUGUGUGCCGCCGAGGACCUCCGCUAGAAUUCAUAUCCGACAAUGGUACCAACUUAAAAGCAGCCAGCAAGGAGAUUCAAGUGAAGAUUCGUGCCAUAGAGGAAGAAUGUGCUGAUGCGGUAACCGAUGCGCGUACCAAAUGGCGAUUCAUACCUCCUGCCACCCCUCAUAUGGGAGGUUCGUGGGAGCGCCUCGUCAGAACAGUGAAAGGGGCCUUAAUGUCAUUGGACGACGGAAGGUCUUUAACGGACGAAGUUUUGAAAACGACGAUAGUGGAAGCCGAAGAUUUGGUGAACUCUCGUCCGUUGACUUACGUAUCUGAAGAAUCGACAGAAUCGCUAAGUCCUAAUCAUUUUUUGAAGGGUGUAUCUUCCAUUGAACCGUUUUUGGUUCCACCUGUUCCACAAUCUGGAGAGGCUCUUCGCAACGCUUACCAUCGAUCGCAAAAAUUAGCAGAAGAGUUGUGGAAACGCUGGAUCGCAGAAUAUGUGCCUACAAUAAACAAACGUGGCAAGUGGUUCAACGAAACGAGACAGUUGAAGACAGGUGAUGUUGUCUACGUGGUUGAUGGAAACAACCGGAAACUAUGGGUUCGAGGAAUAGUGGAGGAGCCAAUCGUGUCCAAGGACGGCAGAAUACGGCAGGCCUGGGUUCGAACCAACAGCGGAGUUUACAGAAGGUCAACAGCCAAGCUAGCGGUUUUGGAAAUUGAAGGCGGUAACGCUGGACCCGAUGCAGAGACCGGACCAGGUUUACGGGCCGGGGAUUUGUUGGAAACAACACCGCUGGCAACAUUGUCCUGUUCAAAUGUGACUGAUGAGGUUUGA